GGCGCGGCGAGCCGAGGGCGUGAGGGGCGGCGGUGCCUCCCGCGGGCUGCAGCUGCAGCUCCCUCUGGGUAGCGUCCCCGAGCCGCGAGGUCUGCGCGGGCCCACGAAACGGACCCGAAGAGUCUCCACGUGCGAGAUUUUGGGGAAAGGAAAGUAGACGGCAGUGUUCUUAGGAGGAAGUUCGACUUUUGAAACAUGAACAUGUGAUUCAGGAGAUCAUGGACAUCGAAGCAUAUUUUGAAAGAAUUGGUUAUGAGAACUCUAGGAAGAAGUUGGACUUGGAAACAUUAACUGAUGUUCUUCAGCACCAGAUCCGAGCUGUUCCCUUCGAGAACCUUAACAUACAUUGUGGGGAACCCAUGGAGUUGGGCUUACAGGCCGUUUUCAAUCACAUUGUGAGAAGGAAGCGUGGAGGGUGGUGUCUCCAGGUCAAUCAACUUCUGUACUGGGCUCUGAGCACAAUGGGCUUUGAGACCACAAUGUUGGGCGGGUAUGUUUACAUCACUCAGACAGAACAAUACAGCAGUGGCAUGGUUCACCUGGUACUGCAGGUGACCAUUGGUAGCAAGAAGUACCUUGUUGAUGCUGGGUUUGGUGCCGCCUACCAGAUGUGGGAGCCUCUGGAGUUAGUUUCUGGGCAGGAUCACCCUCAGGUGCCUUGUGUCUUCCGUCUGACAGAAGAGGAUGGAAUCUGGUACCUGGACCAGAUCAGGAGAGAGCAGUAUGUUCCCAAUGAAGACUUUCUUAAUUCUGAUCUCCUGGAAAAGAAUAAAUAUCGAAAACUCUAUUCCUUUACUCUAGAACCUCGAACAAUUAAAGAUUUUGAGUCUGUGAAUAUUUAUCUGCAGGAAUCUCCAUCAUCUGUGUUUCCAUGCACAUCAUUUUGUUCCUUGCAGACUCCAGAAGGGGUCCACUGUUUAGUGGGCUUCACCCUCACCUAUAGGAGAUUCAGUUAUAAGGGCAAUGUCGAUCUGGUAGAGGUUAAGACUCUGGAUGAGGAAGAAAUAGAAGUAGUGCUGAAAAAUAUAUUUAAUAUUUCUUUGGAGAGAAAGCUUGUGCCCAAACAUGGUGAUCGAUUUUUUACUAUUUAAGAUGCAAAACAAACCCAUUUACAUUUAUUACCCAGCUCACCAGUUAUCAACUGAUGACCAAUCAUAUUUUCUCUAAAUCCCUACAUUUUUUUGAAGAGAAUCCUAGAUGUGAAAUCAUUUCACCCAUAAAAAAUGCCAGCAUAUCUAAUUAAAUAUCUUUUUAUAGAAACAUAACCACACACAUUUUCAAAUGAAUAAUAAUAAGGGUGUUGUAAGGUUUAUCUGUGGUAAUCUCAGGAACCAUAGUGGUUUAUGCUAGAGAAGUUGGAAUAGUGUAUUAUUUUUUAAUUGAAAGAAGAUUUUUUAGUAGUGAUAGGUAAAUAGAAUAUUGUGGGAAAACUUACUGUCUGUAAAGUAAAUUAAAUCAUUCUUAGAUAAUACAAUGCAAAUAAAAGUUUUUGUUUGGAAGACUUAGGAUAUUAUGGGGUUAGGUGAUAUUUCCUCAAUGGAAUCUUCUUUUCAUUCUCUUUCUUUGUUUUUUUAAAAUUAUUUUUUAGUAAAUCAUAACUUUGUACAUUGAUGCAUUUAUGGGGUUCGGGGUACUGCUUCGAUAUAGAAUGUGAAAUGUUUACAUUAAACUAAGUAACACAUCCAUCACAAUUAUACUCAUUUU